AGGGGACGAGAGAGAGAGAGUGAGUGAGUGGAGACAGAGUACAUAGCACGAAUGGGGGUAGAAAGGUGGACUCUAAGGACCGGAAUUUUUCUUGUAUGAUAUUUUUUUUCAACCUAAGCGCCGUGUGCGAGAGAAAGAAGACGAAUCAAAAGAAGACGAAGCAGGUCGUGAGUAGCGGUGCUCAUUACGGACGUGUUGUGUGUGAAGGUACCCCCCAUCACCAUACUCCGCUCUCCCCACCCCCAUCCUUCUACACCCCCCUCCCGUCGUCAUAAAUACUGUCAACUAGCGAGUCAUUUCGCUUACGGUCGACCAGGAGAAAAGGCGGUGUAUGCGCGCACGUCGAGGGAAGGCCUUUACGUGUGAACCGUUAGCUUGUCCUCUUGUUUACAAGUUGGACAUACAACAAAUUCCAACACAAUUCAGUUCUAGAGCUCGUCCAUGUGCUAGGAGUCCUAACUGGAUGGUCUACGGAGUGUCAUUCUUUCCUACUGUGGAUAUAAUCCUACAAUGUAUUGUAUGAACGUAUACAGUGAACUGUGAAUUGGAUGUAAAAAUCUUGUGUUUAUUUUCAUUUUUGGAUAUAUUGAAACUGUUUAUUUGGAAUUUUAAACAUUUCUUACAAUAAAGUGUGGACAAUGGUCAUCUGUCUCAGGAGAGUGUAAGGAAGCUUUAGUACUUGAGUAUAUUUUUGUUGGUCAGUCUGGACCAAGCACAACACAUAACACGUGACAGGCUGACAGAGACUUGCGGUCAAAUGUUGUGGUGAGACCUUCAUCUGACCUUUUUUUUUAUCUCUGUACGUAAGAGAUCCUUCUGAAAUCAGGAACAACAUCCACAGAUACCACGGCUCCAGCCAUCACCAUGGAUUCCUUGAUCAGGAUCGUAUUAUGGAUAUAUUGUAUCGCAGCCUUGGGCUCCAUCAUGGCGGUGUCGUCUGGUUAUGUUGACCGGUGGCCAGGCACAGAUUUACUGAAUAAAGAGAAAAGAAACAUUCGCGGUAAAGGUCCAUGCAGCUUCCCUGAACACUGGCGGGGCAGGUGGUUCCAGCAGGGAAUGGGGGAGAUAGAGGUGACCAACAUCAAUAUGACUGAGCAUGGACACUGCGUCAGCCACGAUGGCAACAACAAGUAUCUUCUGCUGAACAGGGCCAAGAUGUGCUACGUCUGUCUCGUGAUGACGUCCAAACAUCACAACUUGAUUCAGUACAAGAAAAGUUACUGUGUGGCCAGUGAUACGAUACAAGAAGUGUGUGGGAUGAUUACCGGUGACUUCCCUUUGAUUACAAUGAUUAAAGUUAAUGGAGCUCCAAUCCAAUGCCCACUGCAUGGUCAAUACGAGUAUUCGUACACCAAUGGAAGUGAAUUGGCCUGCAACCACCCACAGUCCAGUAUUCACACCUGUGCGGACAAUUCGAAGGUUUUGUUCCACUUUCAGAAAUGUCCCCACAUCAGCAAUAGCCACGAAAAAACCGUGACCUUCCAGUGUCUAGCAACCUGGGAAACAGGGGGAGAUAAUUACAUGUACGGGCGGUUCAGUGGUCCACAUCUGACCAGCAAGGAGAGUCAGUACAGAUGUUUCAUGUACAGUAUCUAUGGCAGUGGCGGCUCAAUGUCAAUGACUGCGGACUCCUCCUGUCAGGGCCUGCAGUCACCGUCCAUAGGCAUGAAUGUCUUCACCCUGGCACACAAAAUUGACAAGGUUCGUCAAACAAGGUGUAACUUUCCAAACUACUUCAGCGACAUCUAUGAGUGGAGGGAUGUCAACAGCCGCCACAAACUAGUGGUCAGCAAGCGCCUAGAGCUCCUGGAGAUAAUGGACAUCCUCGAGCCAAGUUUUGCCAGCCGGAACACGCAGGCCAGGGCUGAGAUGAGACUGAAGCUGGUUUGCAUUGGAGAGAGCUCCACCAUCAACACGGGAAGCACCAAAAGUGUUCAGAUACUGACCUACGCCACAGAUGACAAAUGUGAGUCUAACUACAGGUGUAUUCGUAUCACUCACAGAGUCAAUAAACUGAUUGAGCUUCAGAUAGGUAAAUCCUAUGACACGCCAGAUAAUGCUUGUUCUAAUGUCAACUUUGACAAAGUCAAGAAACAGAUUCUGUUGCCUUUUGAUUCCCCACCACGGCCAUGUCCAGUCAAAGGCAUUUUUAACUAUGUUCAUAAGAAGAACAGCUGUAGUGGACGCCUGGAAAUCGGAUGUUCCAGGGAUUCUGAGAUUGUGGUGGACACCAAGUGUGUUGGCAGUGAAACAGCGGACAUUCUACAAUGCUAUGCUAACUGGACAGAAAAUAAUAAUCUGUACAUGAUAGCAGGUCGUGUAGAUGAUCUCAGAAAAUCUGCAGAUUGCUUGGUGUAUCGGUCAGUUCCCAAUGGACAUGAGCUUGAGGCAGAUCCAAACUGUGCAAGUGAACGAGUUAUAGUUUUGGGACAUCCAAUAGAUUUCAAUAUCAAAUCACAUAUCAAAACCUGUUCGGCAUCUUCCACAAGAACAGCGCCUGUCAGUCCUGCCCAGUCUCAAGAGUCCAAAGAGACAGGUAUCUAUGAUACAAAUGCUAAAAAUUCUGGUCAUCCAUCUUCAGAGUUGGAGAACCCUUCCACUGGCAUCAUCAAUGCAGACUCAGAAAACAAGAGCAGUUGUAUGAAAUCAAUCAGCUUUGCAAUCUUAGUUGGCUUGGCCCUAAAUCACUUGUGCUCACUUAUUCUUAGAUGAUAAAUUUUUGUUGGUCAAAUCUAUUUUACAAGACUUUCUCAAUAAAAUCUGGCCAUGCUCAUCCAAAACAAAAAAAAAUUAUUUUGAAAAUGUUUAUUAUAGAUGCCCUAUCUCUAACACAGAUAAUUUACAGAUUUUGUUUUAAGUCGCAAUCUGCCAAAUGGUACGUUCAUUUAUGCAUAUCCUAAAUAUUGAGGUCUUCAUUAACUGGGUCUUUGUGGCAGAUUUUUCAGUCAGUCUACUCAAAUUAUUUAAAUAAUAAUGUAAAUACAUUUUUGUCAGCCUAUAAAAACUGUAUUUAAUAUAGAAUUAAAACUGCAAAUAGUCUUAAACAAAAGGAGCUAAUUUAUUUAAAGCUGUUUAUGUUGUAUACAAGAUGAGCCAUAUAUUCAUUUAAAUUGCUCUACAAAGAGAUAUAAUUUAAAGAUUAUUUUAUGUAGUUGAUGGGGGAAAAAACAGAUUUACAGCUAUUGAAAUUAUAUAAACUUAUUUUUGUUUUAAGAAAUCUUUUUAUUUAUAUCCUUAAGAUGUAAAAACUAAAUCUGAUUCUUUUUAAUUGGCUGAAAAUAAAACAUUUCAUUAAAUCAUUAAAUUUCUCUAUGUUGGCAAAAUAUUGGCAUAAAUAAAAAGUGUUAAUCUAGGAUAAUUGGAAUCAUGAUAAUUUCAAUUGAAUCAAAGGAUGUUUUUUGAAGCUUGUAGCUCAGAGUUUUUGUUCUGAUUGGCCGACCAUAAAAAUGAAGCUCAAUAUACAAGAAAAUGUUUUUCUGUGUUAAAUAAUUCUUAUGGUUUACCAUUACCAAGUCAUUGGUUUGAUACUAUAAAUAUUAUAUAUAUACAUAUAUAUAUAUAUAUAUAUAUAUAUAUAUAUAUAUAUAUAUAUAUAUAUAUUGCCAUUGUUCAUGUCAAAUUUAAUUAUUUGAUGUCAGUAGUCUUGGCCAUAAAUUAUAUGUUUACUAUUACAUUAUGAUUAUUCUUUUAAAAAGUUCCUUUUUUUUUUGGAAGAAGAAAAAUAACCUUUAACCUUUUUUUCUAACUAAAAAAAGGCUUUGAAAUAGCUUUUUAAUAUUUAUUUAGGUAGCAGAAAUGUAUUUUUUUUACUUUUUUUUUCAAUAGUUUUUGGCAUUACAUUAUAGGCCCUAUUAGAAAAGUACAAAGUAGCGCAUAUCUUGUAAUCUGAACAAUUGUAUUGAAGAAAAAGCAUAAGUUUUUACUAUAGAGUUCUUGAAGGUUUUUUUUUUUAUGUUAUCAUUCUUUUAUGUAAAGUACUAUUUUGACCAAAAAAAAGUUCACUUUUUUUCUCACAGUUCAAUUAAAUUAAAAAAAAAAUAUUUUUGUUUUAAAGCCAAACUAUGAAAUCAUGAAUGAGAUAAACAUAUUUCAUGUGAUGUAAUACCAUUUUUCCUAAUGACCACUGCCUUGCCUUCUAUCCCUGAAUGAUGUCAUGAUGUCCAGUCUGCAGCAUUUGCUCAUUGAAUUUAAUGUUGUUUUAUUACUAUUUUUUUGUUUUGGGCUUACAUAUUCAUGGUGCGUGAUGAUGGAACUAACUGAAAGAGAAGUUAUUAGGUGAUGGUGAAUGUAUGAGACUGAAUGUUUGUGACACUGCAUGUUGGAUUAUUUAUGUUCAAGACAUUGUUAGUGCAUAUUAAUUACAAUUAUUGCUACAUUAGGUGCUGCAUUUUUUGUUUUGUUUGCACUUUAACACACAAAAAGUGUGUUUGAUUCUAUGAUGUCAAAUAUGUUUAUGAUUCUAAUAAAAUAUUUCAUUGUGAUAAUAAUGCUUUAAAUAAAUAAUGUUGCUGUUCGAUUGAUGCGAUACUGUCAUAGCUAUUUAUUUGUGUCUCCCUCAUUAUAUAAACUUUGGUACAAAUAUGUGCAUACUGGCAUUAGUCUGAUGGUAGUAAAUCUAAGUGCCAUUAGUUGCUGGUCUAAUUUGAAAAAAAAAACGACUUUAGACCUUAUUGUUAUAUUCAUUACUGUUUCAUUACUAUACUGUUGCUGUUCUAUUUUUGUUUAACCCAUUAUUAUUUCUUAUCAUAUUUUGACAAUCUAACAAAAUUUUUAUAAGUAUGACUCUAGUCAAGAUAUCCAAAGUAUGGAAUAAAAUAUGACUUCAUGUUUAAUAAUUAUAUCUAGACUCAAGGUGACACAAUAGAAAGGAAGUUAGUUUUCAGUGCUUCUAGUUUGGUAUUAAAGGUAACUUUUGCUUCCAUUACUUAAAUAUUAGCUCCCUCUUUGCUAUUAAUAAAAUUUUUUAUUUAUUUUCGUAACAAAAAAUGUUUUUGUGAAAAUUAAACACAAUCAUUGGAAAGAUUUUUUUUUUUUUAAAUUAAUGAAACACCUUCUGAAUCUAAUAUUUAUAACUCUUUGUUAAGGCUGUUGGAGUUCCCAUCCAUCUUAUUUAUAUUUCAACCCAUUCCUUUCCAUUAUCUUAGAUUCAGAGAUAAUGGUUCAUAUUGACUAAUUUUGUUAAACCUUGGUCAUUGGACAACUACUAAUUAAUGAGAAUUAUAAAUAAUUAGCCCUGGAAACUUUUUUUUUGCUAAAAGGAUUUUUUUUAGAAGCAAUUAAAUAGGUUUUGGAAGAAAGUCUUGAAAUGAUUGAAGUCAUAAAAACUUGUUUUGCUAAAAAAAAUAUUUAAAAAAUAUACUUUACUAUAUACCAGCGUGUUCAGUUUAUCUUAUAUGAAGAGACAUUUAUUGUCUAAAUAUUAAAGUGGACAAUGUUUAAUGUAAAGUAAUUUUUUUCAUACACUUUUAUCUUGAAACCUUAACCCUUAGCACACGGAUAAUUAUAGUAUAAUACUUAAUUAUUUUGUUAUUUCAAGUAUUUAGACCAUUUUUCAGUUCCCAGUAUUCAAAGGAAUUGGAUAUUCCAAGAUAUUCCAACAUUUUUCCAUACUAUAAUUAAUUAUAAUUAGAAUAAGAAAUACUGUUAUAAGAAUAAUUUCACAUCAAGUUGAAUAUGUUGUUACUUCUUUAUAUCACUAAUAAGACCAUGUAUUGCUACUUAACUAGAAUCUAUGUAUCAUACAUAUAACCACUUUGUAAUAUUUAUAUUCAGAGCAUGACAUUAAGAAAAUAGUUAUAGCCAUUUUUAUCAAUUCAAUUUUACCUUUCUAAAAAUAUUGACAUCUUGUUUGUUUGUUAACUGAGCAGGAGGCUGAUUUAGGCUUGUACAAACUGUAAAAAAAAAUGGAUAUAAAAAGUAGGAUAUUAUUCUGACUUCGGUGUGUCAUGGGUAUAUUGACUCUAGAACCGCAACAAUUUUUUAUCUGAGAAAUGUUUUUCAUUGUUCUUAACAAUAACAGAGUCCAUAUUGUUUAUCACAAGACAGACAUUGGCAAUUGAAAACAAGAUAUGGUGCUUGUAGGUGAUCAUGUGCGAUUAUAAAUGAAUGGACUCUCGUUGGUUACAAUGUUGAGAAUUUCUGUGUUUGAUUUGUAGUACAUAACAUCUGGUAUCAGCCAUUGUUUGUUGAGUCAUUUUAAUGUUGAUUUUUUUUUUGUCAUUGAACAUGGAUGUGGUUAAGCGCAAUAAUAAUUUUUAAAAAUUCAUGUAAAUGUCUUUUGUAUAUUUAAAACCAAACAAGAACUAUUGACACUGGGGCUUACAUAGUGUUAAGUUAUCCCCCCUUGUGUGUCCACAGAACUAUGUGCUAGCUUCUUAUCCCAUGUCUCUCAUUGUCAUUGGUAUUGUAAUAUGUAUAUUUGUAAUUAAAUGGUGUGCUAAGGGGAGAGAACUAGUGGAAAAAUUAAUUUUCUAUAGUCAUUUUCAGUUGAAAUUUAAUUAUAAUCCAGCAAAAGUCUACUUUCCACUGUCCUGUCUAAGGCUUUUUUUUUUGGUCGCAAAGAUGAAAAAAAAUUUUUUUUUUAUCUUAGUUAGUAACAUAUAUUCCCACAAUUACAUUAUUAAACAAAUAUGCUCCCUUUAUUUAACCAGACUAGGUUCAAAUACAUUGUAUCUAAAGCUUAUUACAUCAGUUAAAAAUUUAGUUAUUCACACUAUAAGUUUUGGACAGUCUAAAGUAAUAUCCAUGGAAAUAAUUGCUUUUUUUUAAACAAAAAGUAAAACAAGAUGAACUUGAUAACAAUUGAAAUCAUUGGAAUAUUAUAAAGUGUACUAGAUUUAUACAUUCGCUUAACCAGGAUUCUUUCUCGGGAGGGGACGGGGUAAGAACAUGCUCUGUUGUUUUCUAAUCUAACAUUCAUUAAUUUUAAGAGAAAAACAAUCGCUGUAUAAGUUGCACAAAGGAGUUGGUUUUUUUUAAAGUAUUUUUAAGGUUUUUCUUGUUUUCUUUUAUAUUAUUAUUUUUUUUUACAACAGUUCAUUCUAUGUAGAACACUAGUUUCAAUAAGCUAUGUAGGUAUGAACUGUUAGUAUUAAUAAAAAUUUUAUACUAUAACAAACAAUACUUUUUAAAAAUAAGAUAUAUGUAAUUACAACAAAAAAAAAAAGAAAGAUUGCAAAUAUGAUUGUUUAAAUAUAUAAGUGAUUUUUAAAUGGCUGGCCUAUUUUGUUAUACAAUUGCUGUGGACAUCUUUAGGGGGAGUCUUUGGCUAUCACUUUGGGUAAGCCACCUAAUGACCAAUGUAUUAAGGUGUAAAGACUGACUAAACUCAAGCUUGUCAUGAGACUGAAUGGAUGUUUUUUUUUGUAUUGUACAUUUAUUAUACAAAAAAAAAAUAUUUGCAAUAAAUAUGACUAUGAUGUAA